AUGACUCGCAUCACCGCGCCGCCGCCGCCGUCCUCGCCCCCGGGGUCCCCGCAACCCAUCCGCCACUCCCCAGCGCCGGCAACCCCGCCUUCUCGCCGCCGCGGACGCCACUCGCCCUCCCCAUCCCUCGCUCUCACCCCCUCCUCCGCUUCCACCUCCUCGAGGACGAAGCUGCGGCCCACUCCGAAGCGGGCCUACUCUCCGGCGCAGUGGGUGCCUCUGAACUCUCACCCUGUCUUCUCCCGACGCGACAGCGGCGGCGGCGGCGCUGCCGCGUGGGACGCCGCAGCGUCGCGGCUGUACGCGUGGGAUCCUUCAGCGUGCGGCGCCCACCGGAUUGGCGUGCGGACUAGGGACCCAGACGCGGAGAAUGGUGAGGUGGAUGUCGCCGUGGAAGCCGCCGUGCCUUCCGAGCUGUUGACACCAGAGUCUGAUCUUGGUUAUACGGCCACACACAUAUCACUUAACGCUGACGGUUCAUCACUGCUACUUGUUGGAUCUCAUAACUUAAGUGUCCUGUAUGUACAUGAGAGGGUGUCUGAAGAUGGGGAUAUAAUCAUAUACAGGACUGCACCGGUUGCUUCUCAGAUCCUACCCAAUGACAGUGAUGGCAUAAAAGUUCUCCAGGCAUCUUGGCAUCCCUUUAGCAACAACCAUUUUGCAGUUUUGACAUCAGAUGCUGUUUUCAGGUUAUUUGAUCUCUCAUCCGAUUUAGAACAGCCAGAACAGGAAUUUUAUUUGCAGCCAAUUCUACCUGGGAAAUGUCAAAAUGCUUCAGCGAUUUGUCCAGUGGCUUUCUCUUAUGGGAGUGAUCAUCUAUGGGAUAGAUUUUCGGUUUUCAUCUUAUUCAGUGAUGGUUCAAUUUUUGUGCUCUGUCCUGUUGUUCCAUUUGGAAGUGACUAUAGCAAGAAACAUAUUCAAGAGAUAUAUGAAGAUGUUAAUGCAUUUGGAUUGAAAUCUUCAAAUCCAAAUGUUGUCACUAAUUCACAUUUGGCCAUAGCUUGGUUGGAGGCAACAUUUCCUGACCUGUUACAUCAAUCAACAGAUACCAGUUUUCUGACGUCAAAAGCUCAUGCAUAUGCGCCAGUAGAUGAUUCUCUAACAUUACAGGGGCCUCUUUGUAGAGUUUGUGAGGAAAGUAAUGAAUCUGAAGGCAAGAACAGCAGUUGCGAAGGAAAAGCUGUAGGUUUUAUGUACAGUUCUGCUGGCAAAGAUUCAGUUCUUGUGACUGCCUGGGGUAGUGGGCAGCUCCAGAUUGAUGCUCUUGCAGAUGAAAUUCAACCGCAGUGGAACAUUGGGGUUCCUUCUCGCCUUAAUGUCGAUUCACAUGGACAAAUAAAGAGUGUGGCCAUGAUAUGUGACUCCAAUUCACAAGAUCCAUUGGCUUUGAGAUCACAUCGACCAUCUAGUACAGGAUCAAACGUGAAGAGCAACAUAGAAGCUGUUUGGAUGGGGAACUCUCCUCCUUUGCUAAGGCUCGCAAUUGUGGAUUUGGCACUACCAAAAACUCCUAAUGAUAACUCUCUGUCAUUGUUUCCUGACCCCCUUGUUCCAGAGAGAUUUUAUUGUGCGCAUGGUGGGGGGCUUGACAUGGUCACACUGCACUUCCUACCUUUUUCAUACCCCGAAAUGUCUUCGACACCACCCUCUGUGCAUCCUGUCCUCACUACAGGCAACAGCGAAACAAGUUCUCCUUUUCUUUCUGGAUUUGUUACCAUAGCUGAUGCAUAUGGUCAUGUACAGUUAGUUGGCAUCACAUGCUUGGGUGAGUGCUUUGUGGUGGAGAUGAAGGGUUGGAAGGAACCAACACCUCUUCAGCUAGACAUAGAAAGCAAAAGCACCAAGGAUGUGGAGCCUCCUGCAACUGGAAUGAUCAGCAAAGAGCUUAUUGCUGGUCCAGACCCACCCAUACUUCCAUCUUCAUCAAGCUUGAAAUCGUUGACCCCUGACUCUAUUGAAGGAAAAUCCACGCUUCAUCACUAUAUUAAGGUCUUCCAUGAGUACUAUGUGGAGUACGGGCACAAGGUUUUCAUUGAACUCAAGGAGCAUGCGGACUAUUUAAAGACAGAAAUGGAAGACAAACAGAAACGCUUAGAAGCAGUGAAGAAAUCACUUAUAUCCAUAGAAGCCAAAGACGGAGACAUUAACAAGAGGAUAGAUCGGGCCUUCAAGGUGUAUGAACUGUUGGAGAAGCGAAUAGAUAGCUUCAAGAUGCUUCCUGCUGCAAACAAGAAACCAUUAUCCCAGGCAGAGCAGGAGUUCAAGGCACAGCUUGAUAGGUUUGCAGAUGUGGAGUUGGAUGCUUUGCGCUCUUCCAUUGCCGCCCUGAGUGCUAGGAUGAAACGGUUUGCUCAGCAAUCCAUGGGCGGUGCAGCUAGCACAGGAGUGACACCAUGGCAGGCACCAAAGGCUGGACGGAGCCAUAUCUCAGAAUCCCAGAUGUCACUGCUGAAAUCUUCGCUUGAGAAGCUCUCUCUCCUCAAUGAGGAGAACAAUCUGAAGCUGCGCCUUAUUGAUCAUGAACUCAAGAACCAGGAACAAUAG